UGGGGCCUCGGCGGACUCGAGCGAACCUGGGCGGCGGCGGCAGCGGCGGCACCAUGAGCCGGUUCAGGGCGACCAAGUUCCGGCAUGCCGAGGCCAAGGUGGCCCGCAAGGAGGCCUGGAUUGCAGAGAUCCAAGGCAGUGGCCCAGCUGCUUCGGGGAACCACAUCAAAGCCAACUCCCGCUGGAUCUCAUUCAACACAGACUUGGCAGGCGUGCUCGGUGCUGUGCCCCUGGUGAGACCAAAGGGCAUCAAGAGGGUUGUAUCUCAUCUACGUUGCCAUUCAGGAGUGAUAACGGACUUUGACUUCUCCCCCUUUGACCAGCAGCUCCUGGCCACUGGUUCUGCAGAGGAAGCCGUGAAGGUGUGGCGUCUCCCUGAGCCUGGCCAGGACCUCUCGUCCUCCCCCCACGUGACGCUGGGGCCAGAGGGGGGCUGGGUGGAGGUGCUGCUCUUCCACCCCACGGCAGAUGGCGUCCUGGCCAGCGCAGCUGGGAGGGUGGUGAAGAUUUGGGAUGUGGAGCAGCGGCAGAUCCUUACCGAGCUGGAGCCUCACCAGAACCAGGUGCAGAGCCUGGCCUGGAAGCUGGAUGGAUCGCUCCUGGGCACCUCUUGCAAGGAUAAAAGGCUGCGCAUCUUCGAUCCACGGGCCAAGCCAGCAGCCUGCCAGACUGUCCUGGCUCACGCGAGCAGCAAGGAGGCCCGGCUGCUGUGGGUGAACACGGAAGGCUGCUUCCUCUCCGUGGGCUCCAACCAGAUGAUGGAGCGGGAAGUCUGGCUUUGGGACGAGCGCCAACUGAGCAGCUCGUUGGCUUCCAUCACACUGGAUGCGUCCCCCAGGGCUCUGAUCCCACUCUUUGAUCCCAGCACCGGCCUUCUUGUCCUGGCGGGGAAGGGUGAGAAGGUGCUUUUCUGUUAUGAGGUCCAGCCUGCCCAGCUGGCAGUGACCGAAGUCAACCAGUGCCUACUGGAGACCCGGACUCAGGGAGUAGCGCAGCUGCCCAAGCUGGCCCUGGACGUCACGGCCUGCGAAGUGAUGAAGGUUUUGCAGCUGAGUGACUCCGCCAUUGUGCCCAUCAGCUACUUGGUGCUCCGGAAGUCCACCCAGGAAUUCCACAAAGACCUAUUUUCAGACUGUCCUGGAAAUGUCCCAGCAGUUUCUGCUCAGGGCUGGUGGGCCGGAGACAACACGCAGGUGGAGAGGGUGAGUCUUCAUCCUGCCCACCGGCCCAGCCUGGGCUUCAUCUCUGCCUGCCUGCCUUGCGUUCCCAAAGACAGUCGACACCCACCCUCCUCCCAUACGGAGGCAGGGGAUCAGGCUGAGGACCUGGACAUAAGCGUGGGCAGCAGCCUGUCCUCUCCUACCAGCUCUCAGACAUCCCCCUCCAGUGCUGCUCCGUCUCUCUCCGUCACCAGUGGCUUUUCCUCCAGCCCAAGCCAGCGGUCCCUGCAGAACAUUCUGGGCCCAAGUUCUGCCUUCCGACACAUCGAGGGCGUCGUCUUGCCCCGAAGCACCCACAUCACCAACCUGCGAGGCUUGAGCCUCACCACGCCAGGGGAGUGCGAUGGCUUUUGUGCUAACCGACAUCGCAUUGCCAUCCCGCUGCUUUCUGCAGGUGGACAGGUGGCCAUCUUGGAGCUCUCCAGGCCAGGCCGACUGCCUGACACCCCCAUGCCAACCAUCCAGAAUGGGGCACCUGUCUCAGAUCUGUGCUGGGACCCCUUUGAUGAGCAACGCCUGGCCAUUGCUGGAGAAGAUGCCAAGAUUCGCCUGUGGCGGGUUGAGCCAGCCGGGCUGGAGAAGCAGCUGCUGGAGCCAGAGGUCCUCUUGAGAGGCCACGCAGAGAAGGUCUACUCCAUCAAGUUCCACCCUCUGGCCUCGGAUGUCCUGGCCUCCUCCUCCUAUGACAAGAGUGUCCGGAUCUGGGACGUGCGCACGGGAAGGCAGGAGCUUGGCCUCCAUGGCCACAUGGACCAGAUCUUCAGCCUGGCCUGGAGCCCCGAUGGACGUUGCCUGGCCACUGUCAGCAAGGAUGGCAAAGUGCGAGUUUAUGAGCCUCGGCAGGCUGCCCAGCCCUUGCAGGAUGGCCCGGGGCCCAAGGGAGGCCGAGGUGCCCGUGUCGCCUGGGUCUGUGGAGGCAAAUACUUGCUGGCAUCUGGCUUCGACAGCCACAGUGAGCGCCAGCUCUCCCUGCAUGUGGUGGAGGCCCUGGCGGCUGGGCCACUGGCCGCCAUCAGCCUGGACGUCUCUCCCUCUACCCUCAUCCCCUUCUACGAUGUGGACACCAGCAUGGCCUUCUUCACAGGCAAGGGAGACACGAGGGUCUUCAUCUACGAGAUCAUCCCAGAGGCCCCGUUCUUCCUGGAGUGCAACAGCUUCCUGUCCGGUGACCCCCACAAGGGCUUCCACUUCUUGCCCAAGACGGAGUGUGAUGUGCACGACGUCGAGAUUGCCCGGGCCCUGCGCCUCCGGCAGACCUCCAUUGAGCCUGUGGCCUUCCGGGUCCCCAGGGUCAAGAAAGAAUUCUUCCAGGAUGACCUUUUCCCGGCCACACAGGUGUGGUGGGAACCUGCCCUGCCAGCCACAGCCUGGCUGAAAGGCACCAACAAGCCACACCAGACGCUCAGUCUGCAGCCCAAGGAUAUGACCCCAGUGAGCCAAGCUCCCAAGGAGGCCCCCAGCCGGAAAUAUGUGCCGUCCUCCAUCUACCUGGAAGAGAAGUCAGAUGAGCAGAAGAAGGAGGAGCUGCUCAGCGCCAUGGUGGCCAAGCUGGGGAACCGGGAUGACCCUCUCCCGCAGGACUCCUUUGAGGGCGUGGAUGAAGAGGAGUGGGACUAGUUGCAGACGCCAGAACAGGCUGAUGCUGCCUCUCUGCCUGGAGCACCCUUGGCCCCCGGGAUGGAAGGAAGCUGUGGAUGUGGGCUGCAGGCUGCUUCCUUGGGGCCUGCUGGGGGCUGGAUUCUCCCCCACUUGCUGCACCUCUCUGUUGCCACCUGGGGCAGGGGCUGCCCUCCUGCUUACAGUCCCCCCCCCCCCAGCAAGCCCUGCUUCCUGAGGGGGAGCUGAUCUGGCAACAGCUUCUCCUCCAACCCAAAGGCCCUUGGAGGCAUCCUUGGGGGGCACUUUGAGUCUGCCUUCACCAGCUCUCCCCUCCCCAGUCUGUGCCCAGCAACAGUCUUGCCAUCCAGCUCUCAGGCUGCGCUGGGGCCCUUCUCGGCUUGCUGCUUUGCACCUGGUGGACCAGUUGUCUGGAAGGUGUUCCACGGAUGGCCAGUUGGAAGCGUCACGUUGAGAGGAGCCUAAG